AUGUGGAAAUUAUUGAACGGCAGCAGAUGUUUUGUGCCACGAUCCUUAACACGCCAAUACAGCAGUACUGCGAUCUCAACAUCGGAGUAUAAACGGGAAAUGCAAAAAUUUGAAGGUGUAUACCCCAGCAUUAUUGAUACCCUUAAGAAGAAUCCAGCCUUGGCUAAAAACCCAGAGUCCAUGGACUGGUUAAAAACGAUUUUCGAAUAUAACCUUAAAGGAGGCAAAAAAGUUAGAGCGAUGACGACAUUAUCAGCAUACAAAACAUUACAGAGACCAGCCGACAUCACCGACGAAUCUCUACGUUUGGUACAGGUUUUAGGCUGGUGCGUCGAAAUGGUACAGGCAUACUUCCUGAUGGCGGACGAUAUUUUGGAUCGAUCUUCGACACGGAGAGGUCAACCAUGUUGGUAUUUAAUACCGAAAGUUGGGACUCAAGCCGUGAAUGAUUGCAGCCUUCUUUUGGGUGCAGUGUACGAAAUCUUGAAGGAGUACUGUGGAAAAUUGCCAGUGUAUAACAGUAUAGUACAUUUAAUUAACGAAUCCAUAUUCUACACAUCCAUCGGACAAAACCUCGACUACACAAUGGCUCGUCGCAAUGACUACACACUGUAUACUCUGGAGCGAUAUACGAACAUAGUGACGUAUAAAACAGCAUACUACACUUUCAAGUUACCGGUAUUCCUAGGAUUGUACCUAGCCUCCGAUGUGCCUCAGCAUUCGCAUAAAACGUCUGAACAAAUCUGUUUGGCUUUAGGAUUCCUAUUUCAAAUGCAAGACGACUAUAUCGACUGCUUUGCUUCUGAAGAGGCAACGGGCAAGUUGGGCUCCGACAUUCAAGAGGGUAAAUGUACAUGGUUAGCCGUGCAAGCUCUUAAGAAAUCAACUCCCGCGCAGCGUGUUACCUUCUUAGCGAACUAUGGAAGGCACGAGAAGGAUCAAGUCGUGGCCAUCAAGAUGCUUUACAAAGAGCUCGACUUGCCUGCGCUUUAUUAUCAAGAGGUGGCAAAGUGCAAGAAGACUAUCCUAGAUAUCUCUCAACAACUCGAUAUUCGAACCAAUGCAUUAUUUGAAAAUCUACUGGGUGAUGUAUUAAAGCACCACCAAAAUCGUCCCCAGUCAUCCUAA